AAAUGGCGGUUCACGACCUCCGCAGACUCCGCCUCGUGCUGUAGCUGGUGGUCUCUGCUCCUGCGCCGGAAAUAACGCUCAGUGCAGGAGUACCGGGGAGAACGGAGCCGAACAGAGCCAGCGCAGAGGCCGACACCGCUCCUCCACCGCUCCUCCACCGCUCCUCCACCGCUCCUCCACCGCUCCGCCGCAGCUCCGCGUCCGCCUGCGCUCCAGCUGCCCCGGUCCUGGAUGGCCCCUGUGCAGGCUCCUGGCAGCAGCAGAUUGCCCAGGGGCCCGAGCAGGACGAAGGAUGGUGCGGCUGGUCAGUGCCCUGGGGCUUGUCAUGUUCAGCGUGGCUCUGCUCAUCCUGUCACUCAUCAGUUAUGUGUCCAUCAAGAAGGACCUCCUACAGGGAGGGCCCCCCCGCUACGGCCAAGGAGGGGGCCCCCGCAUGUACAUGCUGCAUGCAGGCUUCCGUUCUCAGCUGGCUCUGAAGUACCUGGAUCCUGCCUUUGUACCUGUGGGCAGUGCACUGACUGAAGAUCUACUCAACUCGUCCAAAUGGAGAUUCAACCACAGCGCCUUUGUGCAGCAGAGGGAGGAGAUGGCUCAAUACAUUGAUGUACUGCAGAACUUCAGCCUGGUGCGGGGCGCAGUGCGUGUGGGCCAGCUCAUGCACUAUGACUACUCCAGCCACAAGUAUGUGUACUCCAUCGGGGAGAACUUCUACUCUCUGCUGCCUGAGGCAUCGCCCAUCCUGCACAGACACUACAAGCGCUGCGCUGUGGUGGGCAACAGUGGCAUCCUUACAGGCUCCAAGUGCGGCACGCAGAUUGACAGCUUUGACUUUGUGUUCCGCUGCAACUUCGCCCCCACCGAAGUCUUCAAGAAGGAUGUGGGCCGGAGAACCAACAUGACCACGUUUAACCCAAGCAUCCUGGAGAAAUACUACAACAACCUACUGACUGUGCAGGACAGGAACAACUUCUUCCUGAGUCUGAAAAGGCUGGAUGGUGCCAUCUUGUGGAUCCCAGCCUUCUUCUUCCACACAUCAGCCACGGUCACUCGUACGCUGGUGGACUUCUUUGUAGAACACAGAGGGAAGCUCAAGGUGCAGCUGGCCUGGCCCGGCAACAUCAUGCAGUACAUCAACAAUUACUGGAAGACCAAGCAGUUGUCCCCUAAGCGCCUGAGUACGGGCAUCCUGAUGUACACGUUAGCGUCAUCGGUGUGCGAGCAGAUCCACCUGUAUGGUUUCUGGCCCUUCGGUUGGGACCCCAACACAGGGAAAGAGCUGCCCUACCACUAUUAUGACAAGAAGGGCACCAAGUUCACUACUAAGUGGCAAGAGUCCCACCAGCUGCCUGCGGAGUUCAAACUGCUCUACAGGAUGCACACGGAGGGGCUGCUCAAGCUCAGCCUGUCCCAUUGCGCUUAAGACCUGUUCCCCAAACUGUCCCUGUCCCACACUGUUCCUGACCCCUCAAAAGUGUCCUACUGCGCUUGAGACACCCACCCCCUAUAACUGUGUCGCUGUCCCCUUAGACUGCUCCUUAGACUGUAUAUAUAAAUGGACAUAGCUAACAUGCUAGCCACUACGUUCCAAAUAGGAAGUGAUCAUUAGAAAACCGUCGCCCUCUCUACGUAAAAGCUGCUGUCAGGCUUGUCAUUUUGGUCUUAAAAUGUUCGUAUUGACCCAUUCAACGUGACCCAUUUUUAUUUUUAUUUUGCUAUUGUGUCCAUAACUCAAAAGCUGAACAUUACUAAGAGACAAGUUAGCUGCCUUCUUUCCCUGAGGUCACUCCCACUAGCGUUAGCAACAGGUUUGAUUGAAAUUGUUGCUAAGCACCUGCCCACUGCUAAAUCGGAAGGGGCGUUACCUUCCAAGGCUACUUGUGGUUGGAAUUCCAAAUACGGAACUCAGCUCCAAAUUUGAGCCAUAAGCGCUAGCCUCGCUAAGCUCCAUUUGACUGGAGCCAAACGCUAUGGGUGCUGCCACACUCACUUGGUCCACUUCUUUAUACAGUCUAUACCCCUGUCCCACUGUGCAUUAGAGCCCCCCUCCCUAUAACUCUCCUUGUCUCACUGUGCUUAAGACCCCCCCAAACUGUCCCUGUCCCACUGCACACAAGACAGCCCCAAAACACCUCGCACUGCGCUUAAGACCUGCCUCUCCCCAGCUAUCCCACUGCGAGCAAGACUCCCCAAAACUGUUCCACAACGAAUAAGACCCCCCAAAACUCGCCCAGCUGCAUCACACCUGAAAGUCUCCUUGUACCAAAUGUGCACAAGAACCAAUGACCUCUGCCCUCAAACUAAUCCUCACAAAACUCCACCCUUUUUAAAACAGAACAAAACUCUUCUAUAAGAUGAAUACUAUCUAUCCCUUUUGUUACUGGCCUCUCAGGUGGACUGACUAUUACUCCUCACAUAGAAGAAAGCUCAUGUAUGUUUGUGUCCAGAACUGUUUGUAAAAUGAACUGUCAAAGAAUGUAUUUGGCUUGAAUGUUUCCAGUGAACAGAGUUCUAAACAAUCUGUAACACAGGGAGUGCUUCUGACCUCCCAUGCAUCUCUCCUCUCUCUCUCUCUCUCUCUCUCUCUCUCUCUCCAUCUCUCUAUGAUCUCCUCUUUCUCUUCUGUCUCAUCUGCUUAUCUCUCCUCUCUCUCUUCCUCAUACCCUUUUCUUAUCCUCGCACUCUCUUGUGCUCACACUCUGUCCUCUCUACCCCCCUCUCUCUUUCUCCUAUCUCCUCUUUCUCUCGCUCUUCCUCACACUCUUCUUUCCUCUGUCUCUAAGGCUCUGCUCUUUCCCCUUUCCUCUUUCUCUCUCCAUCUCUUCUUUCUGUCUGUGAACUCUCUCUCCUCUCUUUUUUGUCUCUCUCCCCCUCUUUCUCUCUCACUCUCUGUCUUUCUCUCUGUCUCUCUUAAGAUCGUUGGCUGCUUUGCUCACAUGACUCAGUUCUUUCCCACCAUAACGUCAUUUACCUCUAUCACAUGACCUGUUUCCAUUCUUUUAUUUAAAAAAUGCUUUUAUUAAGACAGUGCUUUUAUUAAGGUAGUGGUUUUCUGGACAUUAAAAUGUAUCAAAUGACU